CUGAUUUCAUGUGGAAUGGUCGUGGUAGUUGAUGAACUUUGCACAUUGGGUGUUUCGUUCAGUUCUCCAAAUAGCAAAGGCGACUCACCACUUUGGUCGGCGCUUGAAUCUGAACAGGAUGAGAUAGCUUCUGUUUUGGUCAGACAUGGAGUUGACAUCGAUUGCUGGAGCUCAACUGGUCCCGAAGGCUGUUUACAGACUCUUUUACAUCGUGCAAUCGAUGAGAACCGUGAAUCAGCAGCAAUGUUUCUUAUUCGAAGCCGCUGUGACUUGGAUUCACCAAGACAAACAGGCCUUAAUGGGGAAGGUGAUAAUAAAAUUCUGGACAAAGCAUCUCCUUUACACUUAUGUUGUCAAUGGGGCCUAGUCCAAGUUUUAAAAACACUGAUUGAUCAUGGUGCGAACGUGAAUGCAGUUGAUUCAUUGAAUAGAACUCCUUUACAUACUGCUAUCGAGAACCAACACGAAGAAAUUAUCAUGAUUUUAUUGUGUCAUCCAAGUAUUAACUUGAAAAUACGAGACAAGGCAGGAAAUACAUGCUUUGCCGCAGCAUUGACAUUUCGAAAUCAUAAAGCAGCACAAGCCAUCCUCGAACGUUUACCGACUGCGGCUGAACAAAUGGAUCAGCGGGGACGAAAUUUUCUGCACGUUGCUAUCAUGAAAGACGAUUUAGAAAGCGUACUAUUCCUAUUGUCGAUUCAAGUGGACGUAAACUCUCGAGUACAUGACGUAAAUCAAACAGGUGCCUAGAAAAUUUUCAAUUAGCAUUUAUCCAGUCAAAAGAAGAAAAACAAAGACUUAA